AUGUCCUCAAAUCUCUUUUCUUUUGGCGCUCCAGCCUCCAGUGGUGGCGCUGCAAAACCCCUCUUCGGAACUGCUGGUAAUUCAAAUACUGGAUCUACUCCAGGCGGUCUCUUUGGAAAUGUAGGAUCAUCAACAAGCGGCAGCUCUUCUCCUUCAUUGUUUGGCGCAGGUGCUGCGACGGGUGGACAAGGCUCUACGAUGUUCGGUGGUGCCGGUGGUAGUGCUGCUUCGACCAACAGUGGUACUCCUGCGUUCAGUUUCGGUACUCAGAAUAAGCCUGCGGGCACUGCCCAGGCACCGUCACUGUUUGGCAGUGGAUCGCAAACUCCCAAGUCGAGCGAAGCUCCCAGCUCUGGACAGACACCUACUAGUGGUGGCCUAUUCGGCAACGCGACUGCCACACCAGGUCAGUCAGGGGGCUCGCUGUUCGGCAACAACGCGUCUACCACUCCUGCUGGUCCUCCACCGCAGGGAGGUGCUACUGGCCAGGGCCAGUCGCUGUUUGGACAAACGGCACAGAAGCCAGGAGGGCUUUUUGGAAACAUAAACACAACUAGCGCCUCAUCUACCACACCGUCUACUGCUACGACAGCACCCUCCACCACUCCAUUGUUCGGAGGAGCUGCACAGACGCAGACGCAGACCCAGCCAUCCGCCGGCGGUCUUUUCGGAUCAAACACACAAAACACACAGCAGAAGCCCAUGUUUGGCUCGACUCCAACGGCAUCUUCAGGGGGUGGACUAUUCGGCAAUACUAACAAACCCGCGGAAUCGACGACUCCGGCCGCCAAUGCUGAUACUGCUCCAAAAUCUCUCUUUGGUACAUCGGGCGCUCAGGCACCUUCUCUCUUCCAGAAGCCAGCGGCCGGCACGGACUCAGCGCCCAAACCUGCAUUCUCUCUGGGUACCACACCCACUAAUGCCCAGCCCUCUACGACCCCCGCCACAUCAUCUGCUACUCCACAAAAGUCCAUAUUCCCGGCCCUUGGCGGCACAACUUCAUCGGCAACCCCGUCGACAACUCCUGCAGCUGCUCCUACUGGUGGCUUGUUCCCUGCUCCUGGCGCCCCCAAGCCCGCAGGCACGACUGCACCGAACAGUACUGCUACCACAGCUCCCUCCGCUCAGCCCGCAGCACCCACAGGUGGAUUGUUCGGAAAUAAGCCUGCUGGGACUGCCGCAUCUACACAACCUUCACUCACCUCCACAACCCCCGCUGCAACCACAGACGUCUCUAAACCAUCGCUCACUACAACCUCUACGCCGGCGACUGCUGUGCCCGCUGCAUCAAGUACCGCAGCAACCGGGGGUGCCGCGCUUGGCGCAUCGACUGCCGGCCCGACUCCACCGGCUCAAUCCCGCCUGAAGAACAAGACGAUGGACGAGAUCAUCACCCGGUGGGCCACUGACCUGACUAAGUACCAGAAGGACUUCCGGGAGCAUGCCGAGAAGGUUGCGGAAUGGGACCGGAUGCUUGUGGAGAAUGGCACUAAGGUGCAGAAGCUGUACGGUAGCACGGUUGAUGCGGAGCGUGCUACACAAGAGGUCGAGCGUCAGCUUGCUUCGGUGGAGGGACAGCAGGAGGAGUUAGGUUCGUGGCUAGACCGGUACGAACGCGAAAUUGACGAAAUGAUGUCGAAGCAAGUAGGACCUGGUGAAGCCCUGCAGGGACCUGAUCAGGAGCGUGAGAGAACUUACAAGCUGGCCGAGAAGCUGUCGGAACGCUUGGACGAGAUGGGCAAGGAUCUGACCAGCAUGAUCGAAGAGGUCAACGGUGCCUCUGCGACACUCAGCAAGACAAACAAGGCAGAUGAACCGAUUUCUCAAAUCGUGCGUAUUCUCAACUCCCACCUGUCACAACUGCAGGUUAUCGAUCAAGGCACGUCCGAGCUUCAAAGUAAAGUGAAUGCAGCUCAGAAGGCCGGACAGUCGCUGUCUUCCCGGUUCGGCUAUAGCUUCAGCAAUUCCGGGAUGGGCAAUUCGAACGCGGCCGAUGACUUCUACCGCUCUUACAUGGGACGACGGUAG